UUCAUGACUUGAUAGACUUGUCGGUACAAGAAAAGCACAUGUGGUGGUGUCUAUUUAAAAAAAAAUAAAUUGGGCUGUAUAAAGUAUUUAUUACUUUACAAAUUUCAUUCACUUAUAUUAAAACAAUUAAGUUGCACGAUUACCAUUACAGAGGAAAAAUUAAGAUGUCUGUUAUUUCCAGUAGAAGGAAGAAUUCUUCACCUCCAUCAAUUUUAAAAAAGGGAAAAGCAUUAAGAAGUAGAUUAAGUGAAAUAAAAUCUCCAAAUAAAGUAAAAUUUGUUUUGCCUCAUGCACAAAAAGUCCAAAAUAUUCUAGAAGAAUAUAAAGGAAAUAAAAUUUCAAGAGAUUAUGAAAACUUGUUGUGUCUUAUAAGAGACGCUGAAUUAACUGAUGAGGACAUAUCUUCUCUUUUGAAAGAAGCCACAGAAUGCAUUACUUUAUUAAAUCAGGAUUUAAGGCUGUUUGUUGAAGCUAUACUUUCUGUAAGCUGGAUUGAUAAGAAUAAUGGUGUGGUGUCAGAAUACCAAUCUUUUAUUGUAAAUUUAUUAUCUGCACAUAAUUAUCAUGCAAAAUUGGUAAUUGAAAAAUUAGUUACUUUAUUUUUACCAGAUCCAGGGGAUACAGAUUGGCCAGAUGGAAUUCCAGGUGAUGCAAAUAAUCGUAAAUAUAUUAAUGUACACACUUUGUUAAAUUUACUGAUGCAUGUUGUGCCAAUGUGUAAGGAGAUAUUAAUGAAUUCUAUAAGUAAGUACUUCCCUUAUUAUAAUAAAUCUACUCAUAUACAUGAAUGUUAUUUACAUAAUGUUUUAUGGAUAUUGGAGUACCAACCGUCCUUUCGACAUGAUAUCUUACAUCUUAUAUGUUCAAAGCUAAUAAUAUUGGAUGUGAAUGCUCCUAAGGAAGAAAUAGAGAAGUUUAUCAAUGCAGAUGAUGAAAUGUUUUUGAUGGAUGACGACUCGAAAUCAGUUAAAACUUCCACUACCUCUUUUACAGUUGUAAACCGUCAUACAGUAGCACAUACCUUAGAUAUGUGUUUAAAUAUGUUAUUCAAUUACAUUACUUCUGAAUGUCACAAUUCUAAGGAUGGUCAAUUGAGGUGGGAUAAAACAAAAUCGUUGUACCAAGACGUAAUAUCUGUAUUUGACAAAGUUAUCCUACCUACUUAUAAUACUCAUCACGUACAAUAUGUUAUGUUCCUAAUGUGUUGUUUUAAAUCAACUAUAACAGAAGCAUUUUUGAAUUUCUUAUGGAAAAAGGUCUGUAACCCAAAUGUUCCUCCAAUUUUACGGCAGGCAUCUGUAAAUUAUAUUGCUAGUCUUGUCGCAAGAGCCAACUUUAUAUCUCUGUCAAUAUUAAAAGGAACUUUACAGCAAAUGGCGGAAUGGAUUCAUACUUAUAACUCCAAUCAAGAUGGAUUAGAAUGUGUUAAUUCUGAUGUUAGAGUUCAUUCAGUAUUUUAUAGUGUAUGCCAAGCUUUAUUUUAUAUUGUGUCUUUCCGACAUAAAGAUUUCAUAGGAAAGAAGAAAAACGUAGUAUUCUUAGACAGUUUGAAUAUGGCUAAAAUGGUAACGAGUAGGCUAAAUCCAUUGAGGGUUUGUCAGCCAGCUGUGGUGCAAAAUUUUGCAGCUGUCACAAGAAAAUACCAGUUAGCUUAUUGUUAUACAAUAAUAGAGCAUAACGACAGAAACACCAUGCCAAUUAUUUAUCAGGAUGAUAGAGGAGCAAUUCUUAUGUCCAACAAUGUUUUGGAAGCUUUCUACCCUUUUGAUCCGUAUAUUUUGGAAAGAUCUAGUAAAAAAAUCGAACCUUUCUACAGGGAGUAUGAGGAAACUUGCGAAGAACCAAUGGACGUUGAUACUAAAGAGCCCAACCAUGAAAUUGAUGACUUCUUAUGUAAUCAAGAACUAUCGUCAACGCCUAGUAGUAAAUCAAAUAAAUUUUCUUAUGGCAGUUCUCCUGGCUUCAAGUUUAAAGGAUAAAUGAUAUAUGUAUCGUAUUUAAAAUUAAUUUAAGAUUUUAUAUACCAUCUAUGAAUAUAUUUAUACAAACUAUAUUUAUUGAGAAAAGAGGGUCUUCAUAGCAUAUAUGAACUGUGAUUUAAUAAUUGUGUCAACUCAUGUCAGUUUUAAGUAUUAAAUAUAUCGUUUUCUGUCUUAA